AUGAUUCUAAAACGUCCCAUCUUUCAGGCCCGCCAAGUGUCGUUCGACCCAUUAUACCGUUCCAGUCAAUACUACACAUUCUUCUCCUCCGUCAUCGCACUCAUCCCACUGACUUUUCUUAUUUAUUUUCAACUUCGGAAUUCGACAUUCAACGAUAAUGUCAAAUUUUUAUACAUGCUCUAUUUCGCAGAGAUUUUGCUCUCGGUCUUUAAUAAUGUCGUCGUUUUUUCCCACCACGUCAUCACCCCAAUCUACGCUGAAAAUAAUUGUGACCUACUGGUAGACACCCUGAAAAAUAAGGUGUUCCAAAAUAUCGGUGUGUUCGGGGUGUCCUGCCCAAUGCUCACAAUUCUCGGUAUUACUUUCGAACGUCUAUUGGCUCUUAUUUUUGCACACUGCUAUGAACGUGUUCGCCUAUGCAUCGGACUCAUUAUUGGCGUUAUUGCAGUUGUCUGUGAUAUGGUACUGGUCUGGUUCUUUUUCCGGUAUGAGACAUUUGAACAACCAUCGAUUUCUUAUUUUAUGGUACCGGAUAGCUCUGGGUAUAGGAUGAAUAUUUUGUGCUGGUGGCUGUUGGCUGCAAAUGCGGCAAAUCUGGUUUUCAAUUAUAUACUGGUCAAAGUUAAUGUGGCAUUGAAGAAAAAAUGGCGCUCCUCCCUCUCCACCCGUUUCCAAAUGGAAGAGAACAUCAUCACCACCAAAUUCUCCACCUUCAUCUCAUUCGUGCACGUCUUCUUCUUCUCACUCUACCUCAUUUUCACCCUUGGAAUCCGCUUGUUUGGCUCCAACUUUCUCACGACGCCUGCCGAUUUUGUAGCCGUCCGCGGUGUUUACAUUACAAUUCCCACGUAUAACCUUGUGAUUGGCGUCGCUUCGUGUAUCUAUUUACGACGAUUGAAGGGUGAGAAAUCUGCAAAAGUUCACGCGGAAGUCACCUUCAAGUACGCCGGUUAUGAAGCAGCACAAAUUCAUGAGGAGGCCAUGUUGAGUAUUUGGAAAACACACUCCUCGAAGAAGAGCAUAUUUUAA